GCUGCGGCUCCGCGCUGAGGGCACGGGGCGUCCUGCGCGCCGCUAGGCAGCCCAGACUCAUUCUGCCGCAUUCAUGCCUCCUCCUGCCGCCACCAUUACGCAGAGGAAUUCCCUGCUGCCUGCACCGCCGCUCGCAGACAGAGCGGCUGUGGGUUAGAGAGAGAGAGAGAGAGAGGAGAGAGAGAGAGGAGGAAAGGGGACAGGCUGCAAAGCGAAACUGACAGAUAGAGGACAGAGCUGGAUUUUUGUGCUGCGUUUCGCUUGGAGAUGUUCGGGUGUUUGUGCGGAAGACACUUUUUCUGGGAUUUAUCGCCGACCUUUAUGCCAUGGGACUGCGCACGCAUGUGAGAAGAAAGAGAGAAAGAACACGGUGUAUUUGUGCGCGUGAGGUAGAGAGCGUGUGAGCGUUUUCUUCCCGAUGCGGUCAGAACGGGCCAGCCGUGUGUGUAUCGUGGUGCUGGAGGAAGUGGAGGAGGACGAGCCCUCUUCUUCUUCUUCAUCAUCAUCCCCACCUCCUCGGCCCAAAGCGUUUCACGAGCCGAGGGCUCACCAGGUCUCCCGAGGGGCUCCCGCUCAGGAUGACAAGCCGUCCCUGUUGAGAGCCAUCUUUAACGUGGACCCAGACGAAGUUCGCUCUUUUAUCUUUAAGAAAGAGGACGUCAACCUUCAGGACAAUGAGAAGCGGACCCCACUCCACGCUGCGGCGCACCUAGGAGACGCUGAGAUCAUUGAGCUGCUCCUCCUUGCAGGAGCCAAAGUUAAUGCCAAAGAUAAGAAGUGGUUGACUCCUCUUCACCGGGCUGUGGCUUCCUGUAAUGAGGAUGCGGUGACGACGUUGCUGAGGCACAGCGCGGAGGUGAACGCUCGGGACAAGAACUGGCAGACGCCGCUUCACGUAGCAGCCAGCAACAAGGCGGUGCGCUGUGCCGAGGCUUUGAUCCCGUUGCUGAGCAACAUCAACGUGACUGACCGCGCAGGACGCACGGCGCUGCACCACGCCGCCUUCACUGGGCAUGUGGAGAUGGUGAAGUUGCUGCUGUCCAGAGGAGCCAACAUUAAUGUAUUUGACAAGAAGGACAGGAGAGCCAUCCACUGGGCAGCCUACAUGGGUCACCUGGAGAUUGUGAAGUUGCUGGUGGCCAGCGGAGCUGAGGUCGACUGUAAGGACAAGCAGGCCUACACGCCGCUUCAUGCUGCCGCCUCCAGUGGCAUGCGCAGCACGGUGCACUACCUGUUAAGCCUCAGUGUCCAUGUGAACGAGGUUAACGCCUACGGCAACACGCCGCUCCACCUGGCCUGUUACAACGGACAGGACGUGGUGGUCGGCCAGCUCAUCGAGGCGGGAGCUAAUGUACACCAAGUGAACGAGAAAGGGUUUUCUGCACUUCACUUCGCUUCGUCUUCACGCCAAGGUGCGCUGUGCCAGGAGCUGCUGCUGGCCCACGGAGCAUGCAUCAACCUGAAGAGUAAGGAUGGUAAGACCCCCCUCCACAUGGCAGCUACACACGGACGGUUCUCCUGCUCCCAGGCCCUCAUUCAAAAUGGAGCUGAGAUAGACUGUGAAGACUGCAACAGAAACACUGCCCUCCACAUCGCAGCCCGCUAUGGCCAUGAACUCAUCAUCGCAUCGCUCAUCAAACACGGUGCCAACACUGCCAAGAGAGGCAUUCACGGGAUGUUACCGCUCCAGCUGGCAGCUCUCAGCGGCUUCGCUGACUGCUGCAGGAAACUGCUGUCCUCAGGAUUUGUCAUAGACACCCCCGAUGACUUUGGAAGGACCUGUCUGCAUGCUGCUGCGGCGGGAGGAAACCUGGAUUGUCUGAACCUGCUGUUAAACACCGGAGCAGACUUUAACAGGAAGGACAACUUUGGAAGGGCUCCGCUACACUAUGCAUCAGCCAACUGUAACUACCAGUGUGUGUUUGUGCUGGUGGGCUCUGGGGCGAGUGUUAAUGAUCUGGAUCAGAGCAGCUGCAGCCCUUUGCACUACGCCGCUGCCGCCGACUCAGAUGGAAAAUGUGUGGAGUACCUGCUGAGGAACGAUGCUGAUCCAGGACUGAAGGACAGACAGGGUUACAAUGCGGUGCACUAUGCCUCAGCCUAUGGGCGCACACUCUGCCUGGAACUGAUCGCAAGUGUGAGACCUCUUGAUGCGUUAAUGGAGACAUCAGGAACUGACAUCCUGAGGGACUCAGACAGCCAGGCCCCCCUAAGUCCACUUCAUCUGGCGGCUUACCACGGACACUGCGGGGCAUUAGAGGUCCUCCUGGCAUCCCUGCUGGACGUGGACGUGCGGACCCCAGACGGACGGACCCCUCUAAGUUUAGCCUCCUCCAGGGGCCAUCAGGAAUGUGUGUCCCUGCUGCUACAUCACGGCGCUUCCCCCAUGACCUGUGACUAUAUAUACAAAAAGACAUCCUUACAUGCUGCAGCUAUGAACGGCCACCAAGAGUGCCUGCACCUGCUUCUGAGUAGCAACAAUCAACCCAUUAAUGUGGAUGCACAAGACAACAACAGACAGACGCCUCUGAUGUUGGCAGUUCUGAACGGAAACACACAGUGUGUGGAGUCUCUGCUCGAUCACGGAGCCUGUGCGGACACUCAGGACCGCUGGGGCCGGACGGCCCUGCACAGCGGGGCUGCCACAGGUCAGGAGGGGUGUGUGGAGGUCCUCGUCCGUCGAGGGGCCGCUGUGUGUGUGAAGGACAUCCGGGGCCGCACCCCACUGCACCUGGCUUCAGCUUGUGGCCACGUGGCAGUCCUCUUACACCUCCUGGCGACCUCCCUCCCAUCCGACACGCCCCUCACAGACAACCAGGGCUACACGCCGUUGCACUGGGCCUGCUAUAACGGUUAUGAUGCAUGUGUGGAGAUUCUGUUGGAUCACGAGGUGCUCGGGAGGAUUAAGGGAAACCCCUUCAGCCCGCUGCACUGUGCUGUUAUGAACGAUAACGAGGGGGUGGCCGAGAUGUUAAUAGAUUUUCUGGGUGAAGACAUCGUCAACGCCACAGACUCCAAAGGAAGAACCCCCCUGCACGCUGCUGCGUUCUCUGACCAUGUGGAGUGCAUUUCUCUCCUUCUGAGCCAAGGAGCGCAGGCCAACGCUGUCGACACAUUGGAGCACAAAACACCGCUGAUGAUGGCGGCUCUGAACGGCCAGACCAACGCUGUGGAGGUGCUGGUGAGCAGUGGGAAAACAGACUUGUCCCUGCAGGAUGUAGACAGGAACACAGCUCUGCAUCUAGCUUGUUGCAAGGGCCAUGAAACGAGUGCCUUGUUGAUUCUUGAGAAAAUCAGCGACAGGAACCUCAUCAACUGCACCAACGCUGCCCUCCAGACGCCGCUGCAUGUAGCAGCCCGGAUGGGGCUGACGGUGGUGGUCCAGGAGCUGCUGGGGAAAGGAGCCAGCGUGUUGGCGGUGGAUGAGAACGGUUAUACUCCAGCUUUGGCCUGUGCCCCCAACCGCGACGUGGCCGACUGCCUGGCCCUCAUCCUCAACUCCAUGAUGCCCACCUCCCCCAUGGUGACGAUAGCAGCCAUACCCGCUUUGUCUCUCGCCCCGACAGUCAUCAACCACCACCCGACCUCGAACCACAUCUCCAAAGGUGUUGCGUUUGACGCUCCGCCUGCACUGAGACCCGACCACGCCUCAUACUGCAGGCCGGAGAGGCCGCUCUCCUCCGUUUCCGCAGACGAUGAACUGAACGACUCAGACUCUGAGACCUACUGAGGGCUUUCGGAGACGGCCUCAGAACGCCGGCAGGCUAGCCAACCACUCAGGAGCCUUAAUAGAUAACCGACUAAAAGAUGAAGAAAGUAGAGCAGGUUAUUUUUGGCUAAGCUUCCUCAACUUUAAAAAUAGCCUUUUAUACAAACCGCACACAGUGCCUUGCCAAGGUGUUCCUACCCCUUGAACGUUUUCUAAUCUAGUCGCGUUGCAACAGCAAACUUCGGUUUAUUUUAUCGGGAUUUUAUGUGAUAGAGACCAACACAAAGCAGCGGGUUUAAGGUGUUAGUUUUCUGCUAUACAGUGUUUUUCAUGUAGGACAGUUUUGUGUCUCCUCUGACCAGAACACCUCCACGUUUGCUGUGUCCUCGACA